UUCGCGGGGCGGGGUUAUCCACGCUUCCGGUUCCGGGGCGCGGUUAGCCGGGGGGCGACCUCUCUAGGCAGCCGGGCGGACGUCGCCUGCGUCUCGCAGCCGCCACCCGCCCCAGGAAGCGGAAACAGUAAGCGCAUGGGCAGUGGCUUGCAGCCUCGCGGGGCGGGGCCCGAGCCCUUCUGCACGUCUGGUCUGACAGCUGCGGCCCUCCGGUUGAUCCUUCAGCCGCAACGCUGUCCGGCUGGCGGCCCCGGGGAGAGUCAGCAGCCGCAGCGGACCGGGGCCCCCCACCGAGCACGUUCCCCUCCUUAGGAACCCCGGCCUUCCGCGGGAAGACAGGUUCUGUUAGAGGGUGACCCCCGCGGUGCCGGCGUGAGCCCCGCCCGACUUCUCUGGGACGCCGACCCUCCCGCCGGCCCCCUUUCAAAGGAUCGGCCCAGUGCGGACUGGGGGGCCCAGUUCUUGUGCCCAUUUAGCAGGAGAGCGGGGGAGGCACUCUGCGUCCCCGGGCCUCAGUGACCGAACCACGUGGGGCCCUGAGAAUCGAGUCCUGGGUGGCCUUGUGUGGCUGCGGUAACGCGUGGGACCCGGAGCCCCGCCAGAACCUGUGCCAGGUGGGGUCCGCCGUGGGAAGCCUGCCCAGCCCCUGCCCAGGGGGAGAGCUGUCCUCAUAAAAAGUGUUGCACUGUUUCCCGACCGAAUUUUCCACCCAGCCCAUCAAUAGGGUCAUUAUGCACCGUGGAUGCCGCACUGAGGCUGGCUUUCCGCUCCCACGGCCCCCUCCCUGGCCCUGGGGGAGGGGGAGGCAGAGCAGGGCGGUGGGGCGGCCAGGGAAGGCCCCGGGGAGCAGAGGGUGCUGCCACUGGGACAGCAUCAAGACAGCCCUGACCACGGGGCCUGGAGGUGUCAUGUGCACCUCACAUCUGCCUUGGGGAACACUGGGGGGCACGUGAGGAUGGCACACAGGUGGGGUUCUGGAAAAGGGAGGGCUGGGCAGCUGGGCAGGCCGACACACUACCCUUCCUGGUGAAUGGGGCUGGGGGUGCCCACACAGGCUGUGCCAUUGCCGGCUCGGCUGUGAGGCUGGUGGUGCUCGUCAGCCAGGACCCAUCUGGAGGGGCCGUCGCUGGGCAGAGCACAGGGCUCCGUGCAGCAGAGCUGCAGUUCAGACCCCAAGUUCUCACCCCUGACCACGACCCUGACUGCCUCUCGGAAUAGACCACCGGUCAACGGGGUAACUGACCACGUGGCGAUUGACGGUGGACUCCAAGCCCUGACGGGUGUAGCCGUGGCCACUGGCAGAGGGCGGGAGGGCGGCCAUGCUCGCCCCCGAGUCUGGCCCACCCAGGGCGCCUCAGGCAGGAUCUGAGCGGCCACUGCAGGGCUGGCCCCUGACCCAGGGCAGAAGCAGAAGGAGUGCCCGUCGUCCCUCGGCCCAGCACCAGGCGAGUCGGCCCGUGGGAAGCCAGCCUGCUACGUCUCUGGCCCCCAGUGUCCCCCGGUGCUGGCCCGCCCUCCUCCUGGGGAGGCUGACAGUCCCCAGGCCCCACCUCCUGCUGCCACGCUCAGGAAAUAGCUCAGCCUGCCCUUCACUCCCCCGCCUUCCCCCGCACCCGGGCUCUGCCAUCCCCACACAGGGUGGGCCCAGCUGUUUCUAGCUCACGGAGAGUUCUACAAGGGAGGCCACCCUGAGGCGCCAGAGUGUUUCAAACGCAGGUGUGGGGCAGACCCACGGCCGGACCCUGAGCCCCACACGGGCAGCGUCACGCACUCUGCCCACCGCAGCCAGCCGGAGCCCCCUCUGUGGUGGCAGGAGCCCCUGCCUGCCACUGCGGUCAAUGCCUGGGGGAUGGAGAGUUUCUGCAGUUGCACCGAGGAGGCCCCUUACCCUCCGGCGGGCAUGGACUCCAGAUGGGCCAGCUCCAGGGCGGGGAGGAUGCCCCUACCUGCCCACCCCCCCAGGAAUCCCACACACACGUGCAGAGCCCAUGAGCUCAGACUUCACGUCUGUUGCACUGGAAUUCCCCCAGGGCCAACCCUGAGCUGUCCCUGAGGGUGGAGGUGGAGCCCAGGCACCCGCAGUCUGCAGGGCAGCCCCGGCCUGCAAAGGGACGCCUUGGUGCCUCUAGGCCCAGCCUCGGUGAAGGCCACCACUUGAAGGCUAGGGCCAGCCGUCCUUCUGGGGAGAGGGCGGGGGACGGGGGCCCUCCGCCUUUCCCUUCUCUAAUCCUUUCAACAUACAGCCGUCAAGGGAGCUGGGGAAGCCCUGUCCCGCCCCCAGGCACCACCUACUGCUCCUCCAGGGACUGGAGGGGCCUGGUGAGGCAGGCGAGGGCACGGGCCCAGAAGGGAGGAGGGGGCUGCUGGCCUCACUGCCACUGGACGCAGUCUCUGUGUCUCUGCCCUCCCAAAGGCAGGCUCUGGGGUGGCCGCCUCAGGAGGAGGAAGGAGGGGCUCUGACACUGGCCCAGUGACAUCAGUUGGUCUCACCUCUGAGCCUCGAGGAAACUCAAUCCCACUUUGUAUCUGAGGAAACGGGCUCAGAGAAGUUGAGUAACUUGGGCAAUGUCAUACAGUCGAUGAGUGGCAAAGCUGUGAUUCGCACUCACGCCCAGAUGAGUCCAGGGCCAGCUCUUCCCCAAGCGUGACUUCCCUCUCCCAGAGGUCUCCUGUGGCCAUCUGCCUCCUUCCAAAGCCACGAGGCUGGUGACCUCACGCCUCCUCAGAGCCAAGGCCCCACCAGAAGGGCCUGGUGGAGGUGGGGGCUUCCUCCCUCAUCUCAGCCCGGGUCCUCAGCACCGAUUUGGGGUGGGGUGUCAGGAACCCAGAGCCUGUGUGGGGAGGGGCAGAGGGCCUGAGUCGACCCCUCAAGCCUGGGACCAGGCUGAGGGUCCGGUCACUUGGGAUGACGAGGCCUCUGGGUCAUCCUAGAGCCAUGUUGGGUCCCCCGGCCUGUCACCCUGGGGCUGUCCUGCCUCCAGCACACUGGCUGGCCUCAUGCAACCACACUGAGGCCGAGGGUUUCAGCAACCGAGAUGGUGUGUCCCUAGGGUGUGGUGCUGUCUUCGUGGGUGGUGCGUGGUCUUAGUAUCUCCUGGGAGGCUGAGCUGUGGGCGCCAUCUCCCACCUGGGCCCCAGCUCCUUCCCACAGUCCCCGCCUGUCCCAGGGGCUGGGCAGCCAGCCCUGGCAGACCCCUGUGUUCUGGGAAUGAAGGCCCCUGCCCAGCGACCCUUGGCCACAAACACUUGUGGUCAGAGGCCUGGCAGGUGGAGGCGAGCAGGCAUCCUUGCAGGCCAGGCUGGAGGAGAGUGGACAGGGCAGGGGGCAUGCAGGGUCUGCUGCAGCGGGGUCCCUCCUCGCCCUCCAGAAACCUCGGGCCCCUCACCCCAGCCAGGGCCAGGGCCCCAAGCCUGGCGCAAGGAACCGGGGCAGGAAAGCUUCCCACCGGGGAAAGACGCCAGUGCCUGCAGCCAAAGGCUUCCCCUUCCAGGACCAGAGCAGGUGUGACUGCCCCCAGACGGGUCCCUCCCCACCGCCACGUCCCACGCCCAGCCUGUUGUAACUAGGAGGCUGCCUGGCCAGCGUUGGGCCACGGCUGCUUUGUCACCUGCUAGAACCGCCAGCAGCACCGCCACUGUCGCAGCCACCCAGCACGGGAGGUUGGAGACACCCACACAGGGAGGCUCCAGCCUCAAGGUCCCAGGGGUGCCUGAGGUGGCCUGUGGCCGGGGCAGUUGGGGCAGGCCAUCUCUCCGGGUCUCCCCUGCCUGAAGUGGAGGGGCCACAUCCCACGUGAGAGGGCAGGGGCUCCUGUCCACACCUUCAUCACGCCACCCCCACUGACAGAGGGCUUGCUGUGUGUGAGAGGAGUGUGUUUUCGUGCAAGUGUGUGUGUGUGCGUGUGCUGCGUGAAGGGGCCAUGCACCCCUGCUCCUGCCGCAGCUGAGGCGUCAGGGACCCGCGGUGCCCACACUCACCCCAGCGCAUCCGCCCCAGUGGCAGGACCCUGCUCCCCGUCUCAGGAAGCCCUGGAGGUGCCUGGGUCUCCAGAGCCACCCUCCUCCUGCUCCAGCUGGGGGGGGAGGCGGCCGGUACGGAGUCCCAAAGAACCUUCUGGAGCCCCUUUUGCCUCGCCAGUAUCACAGGGCUGAGGAUCCUGCCUUCCCUGUGAGGGCUCAGUGUGAUCACGGGACACACGUGUGGGCAGCGCUCUGUCCCGUGUGGGACCCGCCAUCAGCACCCCAUGCUGGCAUGUGCCCCUGGCCAGGCCACCUCCACAAACCCGAGGCCUGGGCCCCACACAGCUGGCUGGUGCUAGGGUGCCAGCACGUGCCAGCUGAAUGCACCAGGCCCUUCCUCUGGCUCAGCGCCCUCCCCAAGCGCCAGCCCAGGCCCCAUUGGCUGGAGGGGCCAGAACUCAGGGGGCUGCACCCCAAGUGUGAGAGGCCUGACGAUUCAGACCAAGAUGGGGACAUUGUGGGAAGUCCGCAGUAGGCCCGGGCAGUGACUCAGUGCGUGUCCUGGACCGGCAGGCCUGACCUGGUCAGGGCUCCACGGCCCUGCACACUGGGGGACCUGGGUCCCGGUACGCUGGAGCCUCCGGGUGGGAAUGGGGGCCAGGCAGGCCUCGGGUCCACCUCCUUGCGGCCCUCAGAUCCCCACCACGUCUGGCCCAUCAGCCUGCUGCCUACUUUUCCGGAAGCCCGAGGCCCACGAAUGGACCAUCCCUGGGGACUCAGCUCGGUGGACAACUCCCCACCCCAGGCCAGCAGCGCCCACCGGUCUACAGGCCUGACCCUUGGCCCAGAUGUGGCCAGACCUGCCUGGCUCCAUCGGCCCCAGUCAAAGUGGCCAUGCUGGCCGCUGAGGGUUGGUGGAGGCCGUGGAGGCCCAGAGUCCCGUCAAUCCUCAGCACUGAGCAGGUCACCUGGUUGCCCCUCACCAGAGGCCCCUGGCCCACUUGGCAGAUGGCAGCAGAGACCCACCCAGCCUCGAGCCUGCCUGCAAACAAGGCCAGGCGUGGCCUGAACACCAUGUCCCCUGCUGUCCCUGCCCCACCGCCCAGGCUCAGCUCUGGCCAUGACAAGACACACCCGCGGAGGCCGCCUGGUGCCCUGCCGGUCAUCACAGGGGAGGGCCGCAGCGUCGGUCCCAAGUAUGGACCAGCUUCUGAUGGGGCCUCUCUUGGGCAUCAGCAGGCCGGGCUGGGCCACUGGAGGCUGAGGGAUGCGACGGUCCCGGGAGUUCCCAGGGACAGAGAAUGGAAGUCGAUGGCAUGGCCCCGGGUGGGGACACCUGGGUGGGGUCAGACCGGACGGUGGGCUGGGACCCCACUGAGGCUCGCUUCUGGGAUUCAGGCUGGAGCCAUGGCCCAAGCAACUGGUGGGGGGCUGGGGACCCGAACGUGCCCCCAGCUGCCGCCAUCGCCACCACCGCCCCCGCCCGAGGAGGAGCGUGGGGAGAGGCUGGUGGAGCUGCGCGCCUCGUUGAGGGAGCUGGUCGCCACCUUCUGCACCAACGGCACCAUCCACGGCGCCAUCCGCCUUGUGUGCUCCAGCCAGAACCGCCUCAAGACUGCAUCCUGGGGGCUGCGGCUCGCGCGGGCCCUGGGCGUGCUCUGCUGGCAGCUCGGGCUCCUCUUCAGGCAGUACUGGCGCUACCCGGUCAUCAUGACGGUGUCCGUACACUCGGAGCGCGGCACACGCAAGCUCUUCCUGUCGGUCACCCUGUGCGACGUGAACCCGCGCCGGCCACACCCAGCCCGCCGCCCCCUGUGGGCGCUGGACAACUUUGCCCGGCAGAACAUCUACUCCCUGUGUGGGUUCAACUUCAGCGACAGCGUGGAUGCCCCAGGGGCCAAGGCCCCGGGCCCCGAGCCCACCUUCCAGCUGGACCGCGGGAUCCACCUCCAAGGUGCCGCCCAGUGUAACAGCGCCGGAGGCGACUGCACCCAGCAGGCCUACUCCUCCGGCGUGGUGGCCGCCCGGGAGUGGUACCGCUUGCACCGCGUGAACGUUCUGGGCCUGCUGCCCACGAGGACGGCCACCACAGCCGCGGCAGACACUGUCUUCUCCUGCCGCUACGACGGCCAGGACCGCCAGGCCCAACGCUUCCAGACCUCGCACCACCCCAGCUACGGCAGCUGCUACACCUUCAACGGUGUCUGGGCCGCGCAGCACCCUGGCAUCACCCACGCUGAGUGCCAGCCUGGGCUGGGUGUGGGCGGGGUGUCCAGGCCGGCCUGGCCUCACCCCCGGCCUCCCCCAGGGGUCAGCCUGGCCCUCGGGGCGAAGCAGCAGGAUCAUCUUCUUCUGCUGCCCACGGAGGCCGGCAUCAAAGUCGUGAUCCGCACGCGUGACCACACGCCCUUCCUGGAGCACCGGGGGCCUUCAGCAUCGGCCAGGGACUGAGACCACCUCCGAGAGGACAAGGUGCACCGGCUCGGGAGCCCCUGUGGGCACUGCACAGACAGCACGGGGGGCGUGGACGUGCAGCUGCUGUACACCGCCUCCUGCACCAGGCAGGCCUGCCUGGUCUCCUGCUUCCAGCCGCUGAUGGUGGAGACCCGCUCCUGCGGCUGCUUCUUCUACCCCCUGCCUACGGGGGCCCAGCACUGCAACUCCGUGCGGCACCCGGCCUGGGGUCACUGCUUCCGCCGCCUCUGCAAGGACCUGGAGACCCACCGGCUUCCCUGCGCCUCCCGCUGCCCCCGGCCUUGCAGGGGAUCUUCGUGCAAGCUCUCCGCUGGGACCUCCAGCUGGCCUUCCUCCAAGUCAGCCGUGAGGACGGCCCCGCCCCUCUCGCCUGUGCCCCGCCCCAGGAGCAACCUGGCCAAGGUGAACAUCUUCUCUCAGGAGCUCAGCUACCGCACGGUGGACGAGGGCCCGCAACACCCAUAUGUGCCACAGCUGCUUUCAGUCACGGGCAGCCUCUGGAGCCCGUGGUUCGGCUCUUGUGUCCUCUCAGUCGUGGAGAUGCUGGAGCUGCUGCUGGACGCUGCGGCCCUCGCCCUGCUGCUGUGCUGCCGCCAGCUCCACGGGGCUCGGGGCCAGCCCAGGGCAGCCACGGGGAUGCCCGCUCCGAGCCAGAGGCCGGCUGGUGGCCGGGUAGCUGCAGGCAUGACGUCGAACGCCCGGGGGCCCAGCUCCACCUCCCAUGAUGUUGCAGGGGCUCCGGCAGGGGUCUUGGCUGGAGGUCAGCCCGGUGUGGGCCCCGGAAACUCCUGACACCUGAACCAGCCUGCGAGUGGCCUGACCCUGGGAGCUGUGGCAGCAGUGGGCUCUCCCGGCUGCCCAGGGCCGGCCAGUCCCGCCCCACAGGCCCCCCCCACCCCCGGCCAGCCGAGCCAAACCCGGGGCCCAAGAAGCAGCGGCACCAGAGCCCGAGGGCGGGCAGGCGCCAGGCGCUAGCACACAGGGCCUUCUUAGCGCAGCUGCCUGCCGGGCAGUGACCUCACAGGUCUCGGGGAGGCCUGGGGCAGGGAGCAGGGGAGCGUCCCCACCACUCGGGAGCCUCGCGUUCAGGGCGUGACGGAGCAUCUCCCGUAUGCAGGAGUGUGCACGAGUGCAUGAGGUAGGGGGGCGCCCCAAGGGAGUGUGUUUGUCUGGUGUCAGCGUCAUACAUCCACAUGUUUCCGAGCAUCAACACGUCUGUCUACACCUCCGUGCAGGUGUGUGCAGGCAUCGGGCAGAGCCCCCCUCGCUCAGGGCCAGUGGGAGAAAGGGCAGGACGAGGCCCGGGCACUCAGUGACCUGGGCCUGCUUUGCAG